CAAAACAUCACUCUACAAACGUGCAUUCUGAACAAUGCUGCUUUCUCAAAGUCUCGCGAUAAUUGCCCGUAUCACGUGACAUGGACAGACCAUCGCGGCUUCAUUUCGGUGGACGCGUCGAACGCUCCAUGUGGCUGGGUAGUGCGUGAAAGCAUCAGCAUGGAGAUGUUGAAGAUAGAGCAGGUAAUUGUCGGGAGUGAGAUGAGAUCCACUCCAGCGGAGAUCAAGUCUGAGCCCGUGGUCAGCCCUCUGCAGUCCUAUCAACAUGAGAGUCUGCAGUGUUUUCAGUGCUUCAUCACCUUCUGUAACUCCAAAGCCAAGGAGAGACACAUGAGGAAGAGUCAUCGGGACCAGUACAAACAGCAGCUGCAGCAGGCAAAUAUAGUUUUUACUUGCUACAAGUGUGACAAGUGCUUCUCCUCCUCCGAGGCUCUCAGCCAGCACCAGGCCUCCCACAGCACAGAGGAGAAGCCUUUCUGCUGUCCUUACUGCCGGAAAAGUUUCUUUACCUUCACUGAGUUGAACAAACACAGACGGCAUGAAUGCAUAGAACGACGGUGUCCCUGCAGAGACUGCGGCGCCUUGUUCCCCAGUCCCUCACGACUUCGCAACCAUCGAAUUGCAGUGCACCCCCAGCGCCCAGUAGUAGCUGAUGACAUCAACACCUACCAGUGCUGCAAAUGCGGUCGUGGUUUCGAGACAGAAGAGGAGCUCCUGCAGCACCAGGAGAGAUUUGCCAACGAUCUAAACUGUGACAUUAAGCAACAAGGCAAAAAGCGUGGCCGUAAACCCAAGUACGCAACUCAAGGAGGGAUGGUUGACAGCAAGAAGAUCAAACAAGAAGAGGAAGCAGGGGGAUGCAGAGGAUAUGAUGACUCUCCAACGGAGGGAUGCCCCUCCAAUGAGACGCAACCAGAGCUCAAGAUCCCUUGUCCUGAAGCAGAUUGUGACCUCAUAUUCCCUUCUGUUGCAGCCCUGCGGGCACACAAGAGGGACAAACAUGGACCUCCCCCUCGUGAGACUCACGCAUGCAAAGAGUGUGAUGAGAGCUUCGCUCGGCCUGAGCAGCUCAAAGCACACAUGGGCAGGGCUCACCGCACUGAAUACACCUGCCCCACCUGUGGAAAGAGCUUUGUACGAGAGAGUGUCCUAAAGGUCCACCAGAACACCCACACUGAGGAAGAGAAGGCAGCAGAGAAAAGAUAAUAUAUGGGGAAAAGACUGCAACUUCAUCCUACAACAUUCAGUUAUUCUGGUUGGUGUAGGAAGAGGAUUUUUAUGUGAAUAUUUUAGGGUGUUUUUGAAACAAGGUUAUGCAACACAACUGAAUUAUGGAGAUUGUUUCUGGAACGCCGUUUUAUAAAAUUUGCUUUUAGAAAGACAUCCUACACUUGUGAAUAAAACUCUACUGCUCUGUACAUAAUUUUGAUUUAUGUCCACUUUGGAAUCAUGUCACAAGACCCUGCAAUGUUUUUUAUUCAUUGUAGAUUUAUUAGCUAAUUCUCCCUCAAGUGUGGGAAUGUUUUGUAUUAAACUGUAUUAUUUUUGUUUCUGGAAAACUUGUAAUAGUGACAAUUACAUGGAGAAUGUAAGUCCUUAACAUAAUCACAUUCAAAAUCUGAAAAAUUGGCCAGUGUAUACUAUGACUUGACUUUGCUAUGGGACUGAAAUCAUGUAAACUCAGGGUCUUAUUAUCCCUCCCAAAAGUAACUGUUGCAUUAAACAAUACUUAAAUUUA